CAUAUCGCCUCCAUGCAACCCCAGAACAACCUGGAUGUGUGAGCCAAGGGGGGAAAGGGUAGCAAUUUUGCAGAUUUUCCAAACAGGUGACUUCAGCCCCCCUGGGCCUGGGCUGGAAGGGGUAGCCCAGUGACAAUGGGCAUAGCCCCACCUCAGGAGCAGACACGUUUUGGCAGGCUUUGCAGAACUCUCUCCUCUGAUCCCACAGCAUCUGUUCUGGUUUCCCUGGCCGCUGGGGUAUGGCCGUCAAUGUGUACUCCACAUCUGUGACCAGUGAAAAUCUGAGUCGCCAUGAUAUGCUUGCAUGGGUCAAUGACUCUCUGCACCUCAACUAUACCAAGAUAGAACAGCUCUGUUCAGGGGCAGCCUACUGCCAGUUCAUGGACAUGCUCUUCCCUGGCUGUGUGCACUUGAGGAAGGUCAAGUUCCAGGCCAAACUAGAACAUGAAUACAUCCACAACUUCAAGGUGCUGCAAGCAGCUUUCAAGAAGAUGGGUGUUGACAAAAUCAUUCCUGUAGAAAAAUUAGUGAAAGGAAAAUUCCAAGAUAAUUUUGAGUUUAUUCAGUGGUUUAAGAAAUUCUUUGACGCAAACUAUGAUGGAAAGGAUUACAACCCUCUGCUGGCGCGGCAGGGCCAGGACGUAGCACCACCUCCUAACCCAGGUGAUCAGAUCUUCAACAAAUCCAAGAAACUCAUUGGCACAGCAGUUCCACAGAGGACAUCCCCCACAGGCCCCAAGAACAUGCAGACCUCUGGCCGACUGAGCAAUGUGGCCCCACCCUGCAUCCUCCGGAAGAAUCCCCCAUCAGCCCGAAAUGGUGGCCAUGAGACUGAUGCCCAAAUUCUUGAACUCAACCAACAGCUCCUGGACUUGAAGUUGACAGUGGACGGGCUGGAAAAGGAGCGAGACUUCUACUUCAGCAAACUGCGUGACAUCGAGCUCAUCUGCCAGGAACACGAGAGUGAAAACAGCCCUGUCAUUUCAGGCAUCAUUGGCAUUCUGUAUGCCACUGAGGAAGGAUUUGCACCCCCUGAGGAUGAUGAGAUUGAAGAACACCAACAAGAAGACCAGGACGAGUACUGAGGGCGGCUCCAGCCCUGGCUGACUGCACGGCUCCGUGCCUCCCCCCAUGCCCACCCCCACAUUAUAAUUCUUUCCCUCCAGCCAGUCAGCCGGCCGGGUGCUUUGUGUCAGUGCCGCAGCAUUGGGGAGCCCGGCGAGGGGGGUUGGGGGAUGGGGCAGGUGAGCAGGCAGAGGCCUUGUCCUGGUCCCCAGUGGCACUGGCCCAGGGAGCAGGACCCCUGCCCACUCCCCACCCCUAUUUAUUUCCGUUGUCUCUAUGCUGUGUUGGCCAACACUUCCCAGGGUGCUGCCGCCACCCACCCAGCCAGCCACCUGCUCCCCCAACAGCCAGCAGCUGUAUAUUUGACAAAGUCAUUGGUAUAUUUUUACUUACUGGAUUGUCCUUGCACUUUACCUGUUUUUUCCAGGGCUGACAGCGGGGCUGGGGGCAGCAUGCCUGGCUUGGCUCCCCUUUCCCUUGGCCCAGUCCGGGGCAGGACUCACUGAUUCUUAUUUAUUUUGUCUUUUGACUUCCCAAUAGUUGAGGGGGAAGGCUGAUGUGAGGAGAAGGAGGGGACUGAGGAGGCAGUGCUGUGGCCCCAGGGGUCAGGGAGAGGGAGGGGAGCAUGCGAGGGACAGCAGUGACUUCCUGGCACUGGGCUCACUCACCCAAGACCUCUGUCCCAGCACCAAAGCCCAGUACUGCCCCAAAGCCCUCAGCUACUCCCUCCUGCAGCCUAGUUCACACCACACAGACUCUGCCUGGCCCUCACUGUACGUCUGCCUCCCACCCGCCAGCCUCCCCUCCCCUGCCCCUCGGGCACCAGCCUGCAUAUGUGUUCACUUUUAUUUAAAUAAACUUGUGUGGUAAAAAGUC